AUUAUUUGAAGUUUUAAUUUUAAGUCAUUUUCUCAUGAUCACAUCAGAAUUCAGCUGAUCAGAGAGUAGACGAGUAGUCAGAAGUGUUACUAAGACUAAAAAAGACUAGUCACUACGACAGUCGACACUAGGUGUAGAGCUACGAAUAUUACACAAUUAUUUAAAUUACAGACAUUAUAUAUGUAUAUGAUUAGACUGAUUUGACUAGAUCUCUAGUGACUAGUGAAAUCUAGUCAUCUGUCUCUAGAGUUAGAGUAUACUCACUGCUUUUUUUAGUUUUAGUAGUUUUAUUAACUCAUAUACUGUAUUAGUGUACACUGUUCAGAACUUUAAAAGGUACAGGACAGGUCAUCACUAUUGUCACUAUUAGUAUAUAUCUAGAUAGUUCAGUACAGAUUAUAGAUAAAAUAGAAAACGAGAUAUAUUCUACUAGACUCUAGCCCCACUCUGUGACUCUAGCUAGUUCAUAGAUCAGAUCUAGAUUUAUAGUCAACUCAAUCUAGAUCCUAUCACCAAUCUAGAUCUAGAUUUUUUUGUAAACGGAAUGUCUUUACCAGUAGACAAUGAAAUACAUGAAUUAAAGUUAGGAGACAGCUUCAAUGCACACUCGAAUGUUGGUUUUCACACCAUACGUUAUGACUUCAAACCUGCAUCUGUUGAUACAAACAAAGAAGCUUGUGUUGAAGUGGGUGGAGGAAACCAAGUAACAGUCACUGUUCCACAUGUAGAAGGCUCUGGUGUUACUCACACAGUAUUUAAGGGAAACAAACAACCUGUGAUGAAAGAAUGUGUCCUAAUCAUUGAUCAUAAUACUGGAACAUACACACUGGAAAAAUUGACUAGUAAAAUAACUGUGAAAAAAACAAGACUAGAUGGCAGUAGCAAAGCCAUUCAGCAUAUAGCUGGUAGAGUCACACCUGUUGACAAGAAACAAGCUGCAGCCUCACCUGCUGGAGAUAAUUAUUCCAUUACACCCGUUCACAGUGAAGCCUCUAAAGGUAAUGAUGAUGUUGCUUUACUGGGAGAAAUCACUGACAGCUCUGAUGAUGAAGAAAAUAAUGUCAUGCCAACUAUAUCAUCUGGCACAGCAUCUAAUCCUAUGAAGUUUGAUGUCCUAGAUGAUGAUUUAGCUCUCAGUGAGUCUGGAAGUGACAGUGACUAAUUUGUGUUGUUGUUUUUUGGUCAUUGAUUGAUAUGGUUUUCAUGUGUGAUAUGUGAAGAUUUACUUUGGAUUUUGUUUAACCCUUUUAACUUCAUAAAAGUAUAAUCUUCCACAUAAUUUAACAUUUUUGCUGCUGGCUUAUGUUAACUCCUGAAGUGUUAAAUGUGUAUUUAUUUAAUUUAAACAAAGUAUCUAUUGGAAUAAAAAGAUUUAUAAAAAAAAAAGGUGUGAUUGAAUCCAUAAGAUUUGGUCAAAGCUCAAUUGAUAAACUGAGUGUUAAGGAAAUAUUGUUUUGCAGAGAAGGAUUAAAUGAAAGUCUGGGUUGCAAAUACAAAUCAAACCAAAACAUAAUGUUGUGAAGUAUUUCAAUACAGAUGGCUGUCUGGUCAUUUGGUAUGUGCUCAUGUGGUAUGAUUGUGGUCUCAAUGGUCCUGGGUUCAAAACCUGCCAAUUGCCAUCCUUAUGCUGGAGUGUGUGUGUGUGUGUGGGGGGGGGGUUGGACUAGCAUGUAAUAAUUUUCAAGUUUGAAGGAACAUCUGGAACAUGUAAAAUAAACAACUGCUGAAACUAUUGAAAUUUAUUCGAUUUCACUCUGUCCAUCUCUAAAGAUAGUUAAAGCAUUUCAAUAUUUGGGGGGCGAGUAGUCUCCAGUAAUGUCUUCAAUAUUUCUUAUAUUUUCAAGAUGUAGUCAACUCAUUCUUCACUGUUAGCUACAUUCUAGAUAAUUAUUUCACAAAUGAAAGCGUUUUCUUUUAUAACAUUGCAUAAUUGUAGCACUUGAUGCUGUAAAAGAAAAUUAAACUAGCUUUGCUUUAUAAAAAGUUUUUCAUUCUCUUCAUUAGUAGUAUACUAAAGGCAAAUAUAAAAUAUAAUAUUUAAGGCUUGCUACAUGGUAUGCAUGAACUUGAAUGGUAUUUAGAAACAAUUCUUUUUUGAAAGAAUGGGAUUCCAUAAUUUUAAAAUUAUUAAUUUCAAUAUUUAAAAAAAAUGUUUAAGACUGAGGUACAUUUUCACAAAUAAAUACUGUCUGCUGUCUAUUAUAUUUCUGUGAUUAGAUUUCCUGAAUCGUCAGAACAAAUAGUUAACUGAACAGCAUUUGUUUUAAAAUAUUUGCUAUGAUCACAUAUUGCUUAUUUUCCUUGACUUUUUAAUUUUUGAGUUUGGUCUAUGUAAAAAUGUUAUGUACUUUUUGUUUUUUAUUUAUCUUAUGACUAAAUCAUAGCUGUUUAGUUCAAAAAUAAAAAUAUUUGUUUACCAUUUCAUGAUUUAAUGGCUGUAUUUAAGAAUAUUUAGAUAAGACAAAAUUCUCAAAAAUAAUAUUGUUUUGAAUAGUUACUGUAAAGGCAUUCCAUUGAAGCAUUUUAAUUAUCCUGUGGUGAAAUUUGGCGACGGGUAUUUAGUGACAAAUCAUAAUGUUAAUUACAAAGAAAUGUUAUUUUGAAUGUCUUAGAUAUAGAAUUAAUGCCCUAAGAAUUAAAUUCCCCAAAUUGUAUUUGCUAAUUGAAACCCAAAAGGUCACUUAAGUUUGAUUGUCUUUAGUUUUUCCAGGAAGUUUUUCAAAAGUCUUACAUAACUCUUAUUGCAUUGUGAUUGUUUUAAAUCUGAGUAUCUACACUAGAAUUGUUUACUUUGAUAUGGCCAAAAUACUCAACAAACACUAAAUUGAAAAUCAAAUGUGCAAAAAUAUUCAAAGUCAAUUAGUAGCUUUUGUUGAAUUAAAAAAAAAUUGUUGGCAUUGAUUUUUGAAAGUAAUAUCCUAAUAUAAGCCUAUGUAUCUGAAUGUGAUAAAUAGGGCUUACUCAUGCUGAUGUGUUGUGUAUUUGCUGUCACAAAUGAUGCCUGUUUUUCAGUUCUUCCAAUUAUGUUGUUUUCCAAUAUCAAAUAAAUUUAAAAUGAGUCAUAAAUGUACACAAUU